AUGUUUUCAUUUGGUGCAUCAACAAAUACGACUACGGCAAGUGCUAGUCCAUUUGCAUUUGGUGGUAGUUCGACUACGACUGCUCCAACAACAACAACAACAGCCUCUGCAAAUCCAUUUUCAUUUGGUUCCAACAGUACGACAAGUGCACCAUUUGGUGGUGGUGGCGGUGGUGGUGGUACUACUGGAACAUUCGGAUUUGGUGCAGCUCCAACAACAACAACAGCUGCUACUGGUACUACACCAAGUAUGUUCUCAUUUGGUUCAGCAGCUGUAGCUCCUUCGACUACUCAAGCAUCUUCAUUUACAUUUGGAUCAACUCCUGCAACAUCAACAGCUCAGCCAUCUACAUUUACAUUUGGACCAACAGCUACAGCACCUACUACACAACCAUCUUCAUUUACAUUUGGACCAACGAGUACAACACAACCGUCUUCAUUUACAUUUGGAUCGUCAAGUACAGCACCUACGACACAACCAUCAACAUUCCCUUUCGGAGGUACAACUACAACUACUGCAACUCAACCUUCAACAUUCACAUUUGGUUCAACACCUGCUGCUACUGUUGCUGCUGCGGCUCCAACUACAACAACUUCUUCAUUUACAUUUGGUGCAAAUUCAUCGACGACGACAACACCAUUUGGUGGUACUAGUACCACCGUACCAACAUCCUUUGGAACAACAACAGCAGCUGUACCUUCAACAGGUUUUUCAUCGUCAUCUCUUUUUACUUCAAGUAAUCCAUCAACAACAGCUUUUCCGUCAGCUAUACCAACAACUACAAAUGCACCGACGUCAUCUUUUUUUUCGUUUACUGGUGCUCCAACAGUCACAACAUCGACAACAACCGCUACUCCAUCGGCUUCUCUUUUUUCGUUUGCUAAUCCUUCGAGUAGUAGUACUACUGCUACUGCUGCUCCAUCAACAUUCCCUUUCUCAACAACACCUGCUGGUACAACAACGUCUGCUCCACCUUCAACAUCUUUUCCAUUUGCUACACCAUCAACAACAUCAUCAAGUUCGACAGGAAUACCAUCAUUUCCAUUCUCUACUCCGUCUGCUACUACAACGGCAAUGUCUACAGUUGCUCCUUCGGCAACUUCAUUAUUUCCAUCAGUAAUACCUACUACAAGUACAACUGCUACUGCUGCUUCUACUACAGCGACUCCUACUAUUUCAUUUAUAACACCUAUAACAACAACAACAACAACAACCAGUACUACAUCAAGUGCUCCUUUGUCAUUUACCACUUCAGUAGGAGCAAUGCCAGUACCUACUUCAGCUGGUUUUCCUCCUGUACCAACAACAACAACAUCGACUUCAUCAUCAAAUAAUGCUAUUUCGAGUCUUCUUGCUCAACCAAUAACUACAACAACAUUUCCGAUAUCUACAAGUACAUCAAGUACUUCAACAUUUCCUGUUGCAUCAACAACAACAACCACCGGUGGAUUUGUAGCACCUAUAAUAAGUAGCGCAACAACAACUACUACAGCAACAUUAUCAACUAUACCAACAAUAACUCCAGCAACAACGACAACAACAGGAACAACUAGUACUGGUCUUGGUGGUGUUUUUGGUCCUUCAUCAACAGUUACAACAACUAGUGCAUCAACUACAAGCGGAACUAGUUCAUUAACAACAACAACACUUGGUUCUACAAGUAUUAUUCAAAAACCAAAAGAAUCAUCUGAACCAAUGGAUCAAUUAUUGCCACCACAACUAAAUGAUCUUGUUGAAAAUUUUAUUACAAUGUUAUCUGGAACUGAACAAUUAUUAACUGAUAUGGAACAUACAUCAACAAGCAAAUUUGUUAAUGUUCAAGAACAAAUUGUACGUGUACAACAACAUGUUUUAGAUAUUCAAAAUGAUGUUCAAAGAGAUGAAGCUACAUUUGCUCAAAUAAAUCAAGCAUAUCAACAAGAACUCUAUAAUGCAACAAUUUGUAAAUAUCUUCGAUCACUUCCAUUAGGUGCUGAUAUUGAAGAUCGUGUUGUUAAUAAUUAUUUAAUGCAAAAAGUUGAAGAUAUUAAAAUAAAUUAUAAACAAUGUCAAGAUGUUUUAGAUUGUGCUGAAAAACGUUUACAAACAAAUGGUUUAGGUGUUACUACUGAAGAUUUGGUUGCAACAGCAAAAAAUGUUUAUACAGGAAUGAUAACAGCUGGUUCAAAAGCUAAUCAAACACAUAAAAUGGUCGAAGAUCUUAAAUAUCGUGUUCUUGGUCAUCAAAAUAAUUCUAAUGAUGCUUAA